AAUAUCGGGUAGUUGUUCGGCGAAUCGGUGUCAAAUAGUAGUAGAAUCUUAUAUUGUGUUAUGGCUUCUGAAAUUUUCCUUCAUAUUCCUUAACCCCCCCGAAUUUCACGAAGGUUUUUUUCCUCUAUUUUAAACUCAUCACUUACCAAUUGCAAAAAAUCAGAAUCUCAGAACGUUUUCCAGAAUGGAUGGAUACAUCAAUUUAGCGGUCAGAAGACUCGGAAACAGCGAAGACGCUUCACAGUUGAUGCGGUUGCCUUAUGAUACGUGUUGGUCUGAUCUAGAAUGUAUGAUAAAAACUGCCUACAAUUUUGGAAAAGUCGAAAUCAAGUAUAUUGAUGAAGAUGGAGAUAUGAUUAUAGUAAGCAGCCCCGAAGAACUCUUUGAAGCCUUCACAAUGGCCAAAAGAAAUAAUGACGAACUUGAAAUACUGAUUAAUUCCAAUGUUUUGCAAGAAAGCAUUGAAGUGGAUUUUGUAGACUCUACCAGCAAUCCUUUUGCUGGCAAGGACUCCGCUACACAAACAAACCAGCCUGGAAUUGUAGAUAUGAACUGUGAGAAUAACACUGUGUUAACAAGAGAUGAGGAAACUGGUGCAGUUAUAAGAUCCAAAGCUGUACCGUCUAUGAAAAAUUUGUCUAUAAGCCGCCCAGUUCUUCAUGAUUAUGUGGCACCAGAAUGUGUUGAAACUCAACCAGUUACUGACACAGCGGAACCUAAACCAAAUAUAUCAUCAUCUCAGUGUGACUCCGAAUCUGGAGAGAAGGCACCAACUUCUCUGUCUUCAAAUUCCAGUCAAGAUUCUGACAGUAUACCCCUCAAUUCUCUGACUCAGCUAUUGAAACAAUUGAAGCAGGAAUUGAAGUCAGAAAUUGUGCAAGAUGUAAUGACAAAAACUCAAGACUCUGUUUCAAGUACGACCAGUACCACCCAGACUUUACCUGCUGAUCCUCCAUAUCAAUUAUACUGGCAUGAAGGAAUCAUUUGUGAUUAUUGCCAGCGGACCAUUGUUGGAGUUCGUUUCAAAUGUGGCAAUUGUCCAGAUUAUGAUUUGUGUGAACAGUGUGAAAAUCUGACUAGUGUUCAUGACUCUACUCAUGUAUUCUUAAAGUUGCGGCGUCCUUGUCAUAUUGAUACAGAAUUGCAACCUUUGUUACGUAGCAUAAUUUAUAAACCUGAAGGCCACAAUUAUUCUGCUGCUAUUAAUUUUUGUGAACCAGCCAGUGGAGAGUAUGAAAUCAUUCCAGAUGAUAUGCGACAGCAUGCCAAGUUGUCAAAAUGUCAAGUCAAAAUGGCCAAGAUGCUUAACAAGAAGAAGAAAGAAGAAAAGCUUAUGGAAUUGCAGAUGAAGUAUGAUGAGAAAUUGAAGCGAGCUUAUAGACAGAGUUGUCCCAUGAAAAAGGAAAGAAUGGAAUUAAGGAAUUCAUUAGGUGCUGCCUUUGUGUGUGAUGUUACUAUUCCUGAUGGAACAAAAGUUCAGCCUCUUGCUAGGCUGUACAAAACCUGGAGGAUGAAGAACACUGGAAAAUUUGCUUGGACUGAAAAAACACUUAUGCGAUUAAAGUCUGGUAAUAUCUGCCCUCUUGCCACUGAGGUAACUGUCCCUUUCUUGCAACCAGGUGAAAAAGGUGAUGUUACUGUAUGUCUAAGUGCCCCAGAACAACCCGGUAAAUACCUAAGCUAUUGGAAAUUGUGUCAUUCAUCAGUUUUGUUUGGACCUCGUGUCUGGUGCAGCAUUGAAGUAGUACCGAAGCCUGCAGACAAAUCUGCAUUGGGUAACUACACACUCCUGAAAGAGGUUAGGAAGUUCAUAUGUGUUUAUUAAAUAAUUUUGCGUGUG